CAGUGCCCACUGCCCACUGCUCUGUGCUCUCACACCCCGUCCGGCUUUUCUUCUGUUCGCUCCUCCCCUCCUCCCUCACAAAGCAUAAAGACGCCUGAUAUUCUAGGCGUGAGGAGGUAAAUGUCCAAGAAACAAACACUUCCAUUCGAGUCAUAGUCUGUUCUUUCCGCGGAAAGGCAAGGGGGUGAGGGGAUGGAGAGGCGCAAUGAUGGUGGCGGCGGCAGUGGCGGCAAGAUCAAGAUUGGUGUCUGCGUCAUGGAGAAGAAGGUUUCGUGUUCUCCCAUGGAACAGAUUCUUGAGAGGCUGCGCGCGUUCGGGGAGUUCGAGAUUAUAAUUUUUGGCGACAAAGUGAUUCUUCAAGAUCCCAUUGAGAGUUGGCCUUUAUGUGAUUGUCUAAUCGCCUUUUACUCAUCUGGGUAUCCACUAGAAAAGGCAGAGGAAUAUGCUGCUUUACGAAGGCCCUUUUUGGUGAAUGAGUUGGUCCCGCAAUACCUCCUUCAUGACCGCAGCAAAGUAUAUCAGCAACUUAAAUUGUAUGGGGUUCCUGUUCCAACAUAUGCUGUCGUCAGAAGAGAGUACCCUAACCAAGAACUAAGCUACUUUGUUGAGGAUGAUGAUUUUAUUGAGAUCCAUGGGAAACGGUUCUGCAAGCCUUUUGUGGAGAAACCCAUUGAUGGUGAUGACCAUAAUAUAAUGAUAUACUAUCCGAGCUCAGCUGGUGGAGGAAUGAAAGAACUUUUCCGUAAGGUUGGUAAUCGAUCUAGUGAGUUUUAUCCAGAUGUGAGGAAGGUGAGGCGAUAUGGAUCUUACAUUUACGAGGAGUUCAUGCCUACAGGAGGGACAGAUGUCAAGGUUUAUACAGUUGGGCCUGGAUAUGCACAUGCUGAAGCACGCAAGUCUCCAGUUGUGGAUGGGGUUGUCAUGAGAAAUUCUGAUGGAAAAGAGGUGCGCUAUCCUGUUCUAUUAACCCCUUCUGAGAAACAAAUCGCAAGGAGCGUUUGCCAAGCCUUCAGACAAGGGGUGUGUGGCUUCGAUCUUCUAAGGUGUGACUUGGGAGAGGCAAGAUCCUAUGUAUGUGAUGUGAAUGGCUGGAGUUUCGUGAAAAGUUCAUACAAGUACUAUGAUGAUGCUGCAUGCAUUCUGAGGAAAAUGUUUCUCGAUGAGAAAGCUCCACAUAUUUCAUCAACCAUUCCUACUAGGCUUCCUUGGAAAAUCAGUGAGCCAGCCCAACAAUCUGAGGCUGUGAGGUUUCAUGAAAGGGGAACUGUUGGGAUAUCUAGGCCAUCAGAAGAGUUACGCUGUGUCAUAGCUGUUAUACGCCAUGGGGAUCGCACACCAAAGCAGAAGGUGAAGCUAAAAGUAACUGAAGAAAAGCUUUUGAAACUGAUGUUGAAAUACAAUGGUGGAAAGGCCCACGCAGAGGCAAAGCUUAAAAGCGCCUUGCAGCUGCAAGAUCUGUUAGAUGCAACAAGAAUCCUUGUUCCGCGAGCUAGAUGUGGUCGUGAAAGUGAUAGUGACGUUGAAGUUGAGCACGCGGAGAAGCUACGCCAAGUUAGAGCUGUCCUUGAAGAGGGUGGACAUUUUUCAGGUAUCUAUAGAAAGGUACAGCUAAAGCCAUCAAACUGGGUCCGCGUUCCUAAAGAUAACAGAGAAGGGGAGGAGGAUUAUCUAGUUGAAGCCCUAAUGGUUCUUAAGUACGGUGGUGUUCUAACUCAUGCAGGAAGGAAGCAGGCAGAAGAAUUGGGAAGAUACUUCAGAAAUAAUAUGUAUCCAAGUGAAGGACCAGGAUUGCUUCGCCUCCACAGUACAUAUAGGCAUGAUCUGAAGAUAUACAGUUCAGAUGAAGGUCGUGUUCAGAUGUCUGCUGCGGCUUUUGCUAAAGGUCUUCUUGAUUUGGAGGGGGAGUUAACACCAAUCCUGGUUUCACUUGUCAGUAAGGACUCGUCUAUGCUAGAUGGACUACAGGAUGGUACUGGUGACAUAAAUGAAGCAAAGGUUCAGUUGCAUGAUAUCAUCACAUCUUCAAAAGUUGCAAAUUGUAAUAAACCUGUGGAAUUCCCAUGGAUGGUUGAUGGAGCUGGAGUGCCUAAAAAUGCUGCUCAGCUCCUCACAAGUUUGGUAUGAACAUUAGAUAUCUUUUGUUCUCAUUGAGUUU